AUGAUGCUUACGGACGAUACAUUUAGCCUUGUGGCUACCACAGGGCUUGCUGUGGGCGUCGCGCUACUGCUGCAUCUUGUUGCCCGCACCGUUUUGGUUCGGCAGAGAUUUUAUAGAAUGAAGGCCGGAGGAAUUCCCAUUAUUGAGCCGUAUUCGUCAUUAUUCGGCCACCUUCCAUUUUUCUGGAGCCUAAGAAAAGGGCUUCCACGCGAUGCUCAUGGCUCGUAUACAUCGGCCAAAAUAGUGCAGAACUGGAAGCAAUAUUUCCCCACUGCGACAAAAUGCCCACCAUUGGUAUAUCUUGAUAUGUGGCCCUUUAUGGCACAGCCCAUAAUCAUGGUCAUUGCCCCCGAGCUAUGCUCGCAGCUUACACAGGAAACACCCCAGCCAAGGCAUCCCAUGUUCGGAUGGGCGCUGACCCCGGUGACAGACGGAAUUGACCUGAUAUCGAUGGACAUGGCAGGUCAUAAAGUGUGGCGCUCCCGGCUGAACCCUGGAUUUUCUUCUAGAAACGUUAUCCACAACAUGCCCGCCAUUUUGGAGGAGGUUUUUAUCUUUGCCCAGAAAUUGAAAGACACUGCAGAUGCGAAUAGUCACAACUGGAGUGAUAUGUUUACGCUCUACGAUAGAGCUGUUGCCCUGACGUUUGAUGUCAUUGCAAAAUUUACGCUCGAUUUGCAGAUUCAUGAGCAGGAACGUGGACCGGGGCCGCUGCUCACAGCUCUGAGGAGUCUAAUUCCGUUGGUUAAGUUGAAGAAUAUCAAGAACAGGCUUGAACGGCUUACCCCGGCAUUCAAGCAUGUCGUAUCACAGAAUGCUGCGGUCAUGAGAAAUAUCCUGUUGCCGCAGAUAGAGUCGAGGUUCCAGGAAACACUCAACUCGAAUAAUCAGAAAACAGUCAUAGACCUUGCUAUCAAAGAUUUAAAAGAAAGCGGACAGGAGCCGACUGCUGAGCUGAUGAAUGUCAUCGUUGCGAAUCUAAAAGCCUUUCUUUUUGCCGGCCAUGAUACCACAGCGCAAACAAUUUGCUGGGUCUUUUACGAGAUAAUCAAAUAUCCGGGCGUCCUUGACAAGCUGCGUGCUGAGCACGACCAAGUGCUAGGGUCAGACCCCAAAGCAGCUAAAAAGGUCCUUCAGCAGAACGCUUAUAAGAUAAACGAGCUGCAUUAUACAACGGCUGUUAUCAAGGAGACGUUGAGGAUCCACUCCUUAGCCAAUACCCUCCGCCAGGGCAGCCCCAACUUCAACUUCUCGCUCGAUGGAGUCAGGUAUCCGACCGCUGGCUGUCUCAUCCAAACAGUCCCCACCAUGACUCACAUCCAUCCUGACCUGUGGCCCCGCCCAAUGGAAUUCAUACCUGAACGCUUCCUGGUCCCAGAAGGUGAUGCUCUGUACCCUGUCAAGAAUGCAUGGCGUCCGUUUGAACUAGGGAACACGAAAUGUAUUGGCCAGGAACUAGCAAUGUUGGAGAUAAAACUUUCAUUGGUGCUAACAGUGCGGGAGCUGGAUUUCGAGGUGAAUUAUACACUGUGGGAUAUGAUGCACAAGACAGGGGUGGCACCCACGGCACAAGAGACUGUUAAUGGUGAGCGUGCUUAUAGGUGUGGAGAGGGUAUCGGUGUAAUCAAACACGAUCUGCCGGUAAGGGUACGAUUUAGGUAA